AUGGUGUCCAUUUGGUGGCCCUGGCUCAUCUUUGCUCUGCUUUCUGGCAUGGUGGUCUCUGACUUCCUGAAGAGCCCCUUCCAGCUUGAGGUGAAUCUGACCUCUCUUCAUCAUUUAGGCAAACGGAGCCUCCCGGAAGGGGUGACUGAUGGCAUCGAGGUCUACAGUACCCAAAUCAGCUGCAAGGUGACUUCUCGCUUUGCUCACAAUGUUGUCACCACAAGAGCCAUCAACCGUGCAGAUAUGGCCAAGGAGGUUUCCUUUGACGUGGAGCUGCCCAAGACAGCCUUCAUCACCAACUUCACCUUGACCAUCGACAGCAUUACCUACCCUGGAAGUGUCAAGGAAAAGGAAGUUGCCAAGAAGCAGUAUGAAAAGGCUGUGUCCCAGGGCAAGACAGUGGGCUUGAAGAAGCUGGAGAAGUUCACAGUCUCAAUCAAUGUGGCUGCGGGCAGCAGCAUCACCUUUGAGCUCACCUAUGAGGAGCUGCUGAAGAGGCACAAGGGCAAGUUCGAGAUGUACCUCAAGGUCCAGCCCAAGCAGCUGGUCAAAAACUUCAAGAUUGAAGUAGACAUCUUCGAGCCCCAGGACAUCAGCAUGCUGGAUGCAGAGGCCAUGUUUAUCACCAAUGACCUCCUGGAAAGUGCCCUCACCAAGUCCUUCUCAGGAAAAAAGGGCCAUGUAGCCUUCAAGGCCAGUUUAGACCAACAGCGUUCAUGCCCAGCCUGUAUAGACUCCCUCCUCAACGGAGGCUUCACCAUCACCUACAAUGCGAACAGAAUAAUCAAUGGCUACCUUGUGCACUUCUUUGCACCCCAAGGCCUUCCAAUAGUACCCAAGAAUGUGGCCUUUGUGAUUGAUGUCAGUGGUUCCAUGUCUGGUAGGAAAUUAGAGCAGACAAAGGAUGCUCUCAAAAUCCUGGAGGACAUGAAAGAAGAAGACUACCUGAAUUUCAUCCUGUUCAGUGGAGAUGUGACUACUUGGAAAGAGGACCUAGUCCAGGCCACUCCAGAGAACCUCCAGGAGGCCAGGACAUUUGUGAAGAACAUCAAUGACAGAGGAUUGACCAACAUCAAUGAUGGGCUGCUGAGGGGCAUCAGUAUGCUGAACAAGGCUCGGGAGGAGCACAGAGUCCCAGAGAGGAGCAUCAUUGUCAUCAUGCUGACCGACGGAGAUGCCAAUGUUGGUGUGAGCAAUCCUGAAAAAAUCCAAGAGAAUGUGUGGAACGCCAUCAGGGGUACGUUCCCCUUGUAUAAACUGGGCUUUGGCCACAAUCUGAAUUAUAACUUCCUAAAGAGUAUGGUCCUGGAGAAUCAUGAGUUUGCCUGGCACAUUUAUGAGAACUCGGAUGCCAAUUUGCAGUUGCAGGGCUUCUACGAGGAGGUGGCCAACCCACUGCUGACGGGCGUAGUUGGACAUCCUGAGAACGCCAUCCUUGAUCUCACCCAGAACAGUUACCAGCACUUCUACAAUGGUUCUGAUAUUGUGGUGGCCGGGAGCCGGGUGAAUGAGUGCAAGGACGCCUUUAAGGCAGAUGUGAAAGGCCAUGGGGCCAUCCACCUGACCUUCACAGAAGAGGUAGACAUGGAGGAGAUGGAGAAGGCCCUGUAGGAGCGGCAAUACAUUUUUGGGGAUUACAUCGAGCAACUCUGGGCCUACCUAACCAUGGAGUAGCUGCUGGAGAAACACAAGAAAGCCCAUAGUGAAGAGAAAGAGAACCUUACAGCCCAGGCCCUGGACCUGUCCCUCAAGUAUCACUUUGUGACUCCGCUGAGCUCCAUGGUGGUGACCAAGCCUGAGGACAAUGAGGACCAACUGGUCAUUGCUGACAACCCUGGGGAAGGUACAUCUGUGGUACCCUCCAUGGCCUUGAUGAUGAAAAAAGUCCUCAAAAAGAAACGUUCUGCCGAUGUGGAAGAGUCCUCAUACUUCAUCAUCCAAGUUCCGGAGAAAGACGAUGCCCUCUGCUUCAACACUGAUGAAGACUCAGGCACGGUGCUGCACCUCAUUCAGGACCCAGUCACAGGUGGAGGAUUCAGUCUUGGCCUGGGGCCAGGGGGCUCUUCUUGGGAAGACCUGGAGCCCCCCAGAAAGACUUACUUUGGAAAACUGGAUGCCAAUGCUCAGAUGGACUUGCAGAUUGAGGUGACGACGGAGAAGAUCACCCUGUGGAACGGGGCUGCGCAGAGCACUUUCAGAUGGCUGGACACAGUCACAGUCACGCAAGAUGGGCUAUCCGUGAUGAUCAACAGAAAGAAGAACACGAUGGUCUCCUUUGGAGAUGUGGUCACCUUUGUGGUUGUCCUGCACCAGGUUUGGAAGAAACAUGCCAUCCACCAUAACUUUCUAGCCUUCUAUGUGGUGGAGUCAGCACAGAUACAUGGGCUGCUGGGACAAUUCUUCCACCCUUUUGACUUUUAAGUGUCUGCUAUCCACCCAGGCCCUGACCCCACAAAGCCAGAUGCCAAUCGACUGACUGUCACCGGCGGCUCCUAGAGAGACUACAGAAAGGAUGCCAGGGUCAGCACAAAGGUCACCUGCUGGUUUGUCCACAAAAAUGGGGAAGGGCUGAUUGACAGUGUCCACACCGACUACAUUGUCCCCAACCUGUUAUGA